UCUAUUGCAGCUGACGUGGCCUCCAAGCGAACCUCUUAUAGACUUUACAAGAACUUAAUCGGAGACGACGGUCGGAUUUACAUUUGCUCCGGCAAAAACUUCUUUUCCUUUGAAAGCAACGGCUCUAUUGCAUGGACAGUACAUUUGAAUUACACAUGCAAUUCAAAUAUAGCUCCAAUUAACGGAGGAUCAAAAAAGAUAUAUUUGGUCGCGGAAAACAGGGUACUAAAAAUUUACCCUCUGAGAAUCGGAACUUCCGAAGCUGCUGUCGAAUUAUUCUUCGGCCCAACGCAAUUUACGGAAAAACCAGAGGAUAUUAUCGGAAUCUCUGCAAGCAUAUCCAGUUCAUGUGUGCUGAUCAACGUUAAAAACCGUGGGCUAUUUGCGUAUAGAUUACACGGUCAGCUUCUUUGGAGCGCUGGUCCAGUGCUCUAUCAACACGGAUUUCGCCAAGGGUGUAGGAAAAAUAUCACGGAGUGCUAUUUUACUUCUUCGCCGGUGAUCGAUCAUUGUGAAGCUAGUAUAUUCGUAAGCAUCUUUCCGUGUCCUUUGAUUAUGUUUUUCAAGUGUGCUUUACAAUUUUAUUUUAUUUAUUUCUUGCAGAUGUGUAAUACGGUAGGGGAACUGUAUUCGUUAUCGGUACGCGGUCCUUAUUUUAAGUGGAUUCAAGAUUUGAGUUCGUUUGGGAAUAAAUUUAUAGUUACACCUGGAAACAAUGGCCGUCUCUACGUGACUGUACCUGGGACAGGUGUCGUCCUUGCAUUGGAUGUUUCGACGGGAAAUAUUUUGUGGCGAGGAGAUGUUGGGCCGUUGAGUUCUGCAGAUUACGAGCCGGUUGUUGAUUCAAAUGGAUGGAUAUCGUUUGGCUCGUUGGACGGAUCUUUUUAUUCGUUUUCGCCCACGGGGGAUCUUAAGAGAUUCCCCAGAUCGGCUAGCUUGAAUUCUGUAAUCCAAGUUAGUCCUGUGCUUGAUUGCUCCGGUUAUGGAGUUUAUAUUUCUCAGACAGAAAUGGAAGGAAAAGCUUUUCAGACAGCUGCAGAGUAUGUCCGUGUAUCGGCACUGAAACCAAAAAGUGUUGCCUUCACAUUGCUUGUUCCAUCUUCUGGUUCAAUCUACUUGUCUGAGAGUGAUCCGGUUAAAAAAACAAAAAAAGCAGGUAAAAUCUUGUACAAGCUGUCACAGAGUGAUCUGCAACAUUUUGUGAUAGAUGAAAGAACUCUACUGGCAUUUUUCGCCGUUUCAAGAAAACGGAGCCCGUUACCUUGUCGCAGCACACGUCAAAAGCUUGCAUCUAGCUGCUCACAAGUCAACCCCAAGACCCUAAGUAUCUACUCAGGUAAUGAGAGGACAAUAGUAUUGUUUCUCUUAAUCGAAUCGGUAAUUCUUGUGCUCGUAGCAGCACUAGUACAACGUUGCUGCGUCUUCUGGAAGAAGAAGAAGCUUCAAUCUCAGAACCUCGGGAAGUUUCUAGAAAAAAGAAGAUCUUUGCGAUCACAGAAGAAAGCCUACGACAGAAUGAUUUACGAGAUAGAAGAAAAGGCGGCUUCAGACGAAGCGGUGGCAAACGAAGUAUUGGAAAGACUAAGUGAUUUGGUUAAGGAACGAGAAGACAUCAAACGAAAGCUCUCAACUAGUUAUAGCUUGGGAAGGGACGACUACGGCGAAAAGGCGCGUAGUUCCAAAUCCGCCCUUCCUUUGUACGACGAAAAGACGAGAAGCUACUCGAUUAAGGGCUCGAAAAACGAGAGCGUUACGGUAUUUCACACGGUGAGCGACAGUUCUUCGAAUACUAGUAGUGCUUCUGAAGAUGAUGAAUAUGAAGAAGAAUCUGAUGGUGAAAAGUCAAAGGGAAAAGCUCAUGUUGAAAAUAGUAGUGAUGAUGAAGACGGGAUUAGAGAGAGUGGGAGUAGGAGUUUAAGGAGAAGAACUGUUUCUUUUACAAAUUAAUUAGGACAAUUAAUUUUGGUUUUGGCUGUAAUAAUUUAAUUAGUGUAUAUUUUCAAGGUUUUCUAAACCUAUUUUGUCAAUUGUAAGAGGGUUUUAAUUUAAA